UGACGCAUAAAUGGGCAGGGUUUCGGGGUAUUCAACAGUGCGAUUAGGUGUACUUUCAGAAUAUUCACACACAAAGGUUAUUCUUAAAAGCAUAUAUUGUCGUCUCCUCAUUAGAGCAUCGAAAAUAAUGAAGGGACUACUGAAAUCGAAGAUCUGUCUGACACUGGCUGUCAUCUUCUUUCUCGCAGAUAAAGGACAUGGGGCUCCAGCAAAAGGCAGAUAUAUGUGGCUUAAAUGCAGUCCAGACGCCAAGAAUGCCAACUGUGAGACACAGCGGGGUCCCUGGAUGGACUUGCCCGGGCCUCCUGACAGACUCCCUUCAAUUGCCGUAAAGGAUAUAGUGCCAGAAGAGGCUGGCUCAGAGCCGGAGGAGCAGUCAGGCGAGGGUUCUGCCACAGGAAUCCUUUUAACUGAGCAGGGCUCUGGCGACCAGUUGGGCAGCACAGAUGUGGAUGGGAUUGACUACCCUGGCUUUGUCUUCCCACCGAAAAUGACCAUGGAUCAGGCUCUGCCUCCUGCUCAGGAAUUGAAAGAGGAUCACCUGAUCCUGUAGCCUGCCAGAAUGCUAAAUAUUGAAAUUGUGAUGUCAAUCCGGUUGUGUAAAAUGCAUUUUGCAACCUCUCAUGAUUCCAUGAGCUCCUUAAAACGGACUUUCCAUUUGAAUUAUUGUAUUUUCUGGUCAAUGCUAUCCGCAUCUUAUGAAAGUAGUAAUACCAUGCUAUUUGACCCAGGUAUUGAUGCUUGGCUGUGUAAGAUUGCAUUUAGGUAACUGAAUUGUGGGCAAUGUAAGUGGUUAUAGCAUCAUUUACACAGUUUAGUUAUUUCCCAUGGAACCAAAGAGAUCAAAUGAAUCGCUUUUUUGUGUGUUUUUAUUUUUAAUACCUGCCAAGAAUGUAAUUAAUUAGAUUUAACCAGUUGCCUUUAUUUUUGAGCUCAGCAAAUUAUAUUUUUCAUACGGUUUUAAAACGUGUGGUUUUAUGGGGGAUAUUGUGCUUUUAUUGUUUUCUUUUGCAAUUAAAUUUAUAAGAUACUA